UUACUCUUUUAAACAAGUGCAUCAGUUAAGUGAAUAUUAGAAUGAGUGAAACAUUCAAAACUCCUUUAAAAGUUAAAAAAGGUGCCAAAUUGCGAAGCACUAUUGAAAUCCCAGCUUCACCAUAUCUAAAACAAAUCGGCUUUGGGACUGGAGUAGCAGUCUAUGAACUAGAAAGGUCUCCCAUAUCCAAUAAAGCACAAUCACCUUGGGCAAUCAAGAAACUAAUAAAAAGGAAUAAAAAGAAUGAAGAGCUUAAUGAAAGACUGAUAGGGGAAGCCAAUGUGUUGAAAAAAUUAAAUCACAAAAAUGUAGUUGGUUUUAGGGCUUUCCUCAGAGGUUCGGAUGGUAGAAAUGUGCUGGCAAUGGAAGAAUGUAGUUCAUGUCUUGGAGACAUGAUAGAACAAAGACCAGAGUCCAAAUUGCCCCCAUAUGAGUCUGCUACUAUUGAAAAAGUGGCUCAAGAUGUAGCCUGUGCACUGGACUAUCUGCACAACACUGCCUUAAUUUUACACUGUGAUGUUAAAUCAUAUAAUGUUUUGGUAAAGGGUGACUUUGCAAUUUGUAAAUUGUGUGACUUUGGAGUGUGUUUACCUUUGAAACCUAAUGGACUGUUAGAUGAGACGAAAGCAGGAGAAGAUGCAGCUUUCAUUGGAACACCAGCAUGGAGUGCCCCAGAAAUUCUAUCCUAUCCUCAGGUAAUCACUGCAAAAGCAGAUAUCUAUGCUUAUGGCCUAAUAAUAUGGGAGAUGAUUGCAUUGAUGCCUCCAGCUGAUGAGGAGAUUUUAGAUAAUCUGGAUGAAUCCAUGGACACAAGUGUGGAAAUUAGCAGCAAUAGAAUGAGACCUCCUCUUCCUGAUGUUGAUUUAACUGAGGACUACACAUUUGUGUUGGAAAUUUACUUUUGUUGCACUCAUGAGAUUCUUCAAGAGAGACCCAGUGCAGCCAAUUUAAUCACUUUGUUUAAUAAUAAAAUUUAAAUUGUCACUGUGUAUUUCUAGAGUGCACAAGUUGUAAAAGAUAUAAAUUUUUAAAUGUAUUGUUAAACAUGAUUAAAAAUUUCUUCAAAAUAUGAAUACAAUAAUUUUAAUGUUUAAUAUCAUUAUUAACUGUAUCUUGUAAUGAAUUAUAUUAAUAAAAGUAUGACUGAUAUAAAAUUUAUUUAUAUUUAAAAUAAUUAUG